AUGGAAGGAUUCAGCAUUCCGGAGUAUCAAGUCUCGCAAGAUGCCGGUCACGUCUACGUCGAUGUGACGUGUCGAUCCGCCACGACGGGCGUCGCAUCGACGACCAAGCCCAACAUCGCAGUGGAAGGGAGGAUCUUUGGCUUCCAUCACGAGCCCUACUACCUGCCUCUCGUACUACAGGCGGCGGUCACGAGACCAGAGUCAGAUGCAGAAGCGCUACAGAUCAUCGAUCAAAUCGACUCUUCUGCGCCGAGCAGCUCUCAGAGCCAGCCGAGUCGAUUCCGAGUGACGCUCAACAAGGUACGACCCGGUCAGCACUUCGAAGGGUUGGAGCAGGUGCAACCGCAGCUCUUGCCGGAAGAUCAGCUCAAGCAGGCGCUGUCGGAUGCCGAGCAGUCGAGGGGCUUCUUUCAGCCACCAGGCGCCAGCGCUGCAGGGGAUGCGAAUGCAGGCGUCUCGGCGGGCAACAACGCCGAGGUGAACGAGGCAGCCAGAGCGCUGUUGCAGCAGGCUAUGCAGAGUCAGGGAUUGACGUCGGUCAACGACGAUGAUGGAGAAGCUGCGAUGGACGAUGCUGCUAUUGCGUUGGAAAGGGUGGAUCCAGCAAGCUCAGCUCCCAGCGCACAAGAUGAAGGUUUCUGGUUCGGCUGGAAGAGCAGCUUCAAGGGUGCGUUGAUCCCGGCGGGAUGCGCAGACACACGGAAUGUGCUCGAAGUUCCGGAUCCGAGGACCGUGCAUCCGGCAGAGCGAGAGCGGACCGCCGUUGCAUACGAGGAGAAGCAAUGGGACGAAGGCGUCUACAUGGACAACUUCCUGGAUGUCGACGGCGAAGUGGCGCAUCUGCUUCGUUUCCAGCCAAAGACUGCGGAACGGGCGACUUCGAAAGACCCGUCAUCCGAAAGCGGCACGGACAUUGAUAUCGAGAAAAUGGCGCUGGUAGUGCAACUGCUGUUCGCGUACAGCUACGACGAGCGAACCAACGAAGGCGAUCCCACCGUCGAAUCCGGCUGGACCAUUGCUAAGCUCUCUCGAUCACUCUCAGCAUUCCUUCCCGCACAUCUCCCCGACAACGCCUCUUUGGAAUCGGUCGUAUCGUCGACGCUCAUCGGAUGCGUGCGUCGAGCGCUCACAGUUCCGCUCUAUCGACACUGGGAGCUCGCGAUGGUGUGCAUCCACGACACCAUCCGUCGACUCGAUGCUGGCGCUUCGCACGUGCUCGACUGCCUUGUCGACAUCGCACAUCGGCUGGAGGAUGGAGGAGACGAUAUUUUGUCUCGGUUGUCAGAGAUCUGGGUGAUGGGUUUGGUGGCUCAACCGCCGACGCAGGUCGAAGUGGAUGCGGUGGUGGCGUGCAUCAGGUCGGUGAUGGAGUCAGGGGAUGUUGUUACGAAGGACAGUGUUGGGGGCGAGGAGUGGGAUCUGCAGGUGUCGGAGCAGGCGGCAAGGCAGGCAUUCGAGGAUGGCGAAGGAGGCUUCGUAUGA